GAUGCAACGAUUGCACGCUCUAAAAGAUUUAUAGAUAAAUGCAGUUCCCGGUGAAAAUAGAUAAAUGCCAGUGUUCAUGUCGUUUCUACACAUUUCAAUAGGCGCAAGCGCUUUGUCUGGACACGUGUGACAUUAACAGGACAGCCGCGGUAUAAAACAAAAUGGUUCCCCGCGGAAUAAUAGUCCUGUGCUUUUGUGUCUUCUUGGGGUCAACUUCUGCGGAUAGCUUGGAAACUGGGGUGAAGUUCAUCAGGAGGUUGUAUGAUAAUUGCGAAAAUUCACAAGAAAUCCUUAAAUGCUUUAAAAUUCAGGCAGCAAAACUUGUUGGUCGAGCGGCAAGAGCAGAAACACUUCCGAUUUUAGAUGGAAUUUACCUUAAAAGAACUACAGAUCAAGGACGAGCUUUUCCCUCCACGAUUCCAGAAAGCAAUUUAAAUUCCUUGAAUUCAAAUGAAGUUGACGAGCUUUUAGAUAUUGAAAUAGGAAAUUUGAUUAAGACCCACCGUGUUGUGAUUUCACCUUCAAAAGUUGGUGUAGAUAUUGGAAGAUCAAUGAAUGAAGCGAGAAGUAAGUUAAAGAAAAUGAUGGGCCCAAUUUUAGCUGGAGUAGCUAUUAAAGGAGGAUUUUUGGCAAUUGCUUUCCAAGCCAUUGCUAUUAUAGCUGGUAAGGCGUUAUUGAUCGGUAAAAUUGCUUUACUACUGUCUGCUAUCAUCGGCUUGAAGAAACUUGUAGCUGGUGGAGAAGCACACGAGAAAACUACUUACGAGAUUGUUAAGCAUCCUCAGGUUUCACAGAGUCAUACAUAUUCUUCGUCACAUUACGGUAGCGACUUCGAUACGACCGGACCUGGAGGUCACUAUAGACGAAGCGUUGAAGAAGAGGCAGCAGCUCAGGAAAGAGCUUACAGAGCUUACGCUAAAACGCAACAAUAAGUAAAAUCUGGAAGAUGACUUACGACUCUUUUAAUAUAUUACGACGACAUAGAUUCUUAGUUAAAUAAAAUUACCUCUAACAUCCGAAAUUUUUCGGUUUUUUCCCUUGCCAACAGGAGACAUGUUAUCUACGACACUUUUAAUUUAUUUUAGUGUAUAUGUUAAUUAAUAGAUAUUAAAAAAUGCUUAAUCCAAAUAGUUAUUUGCAGGAAUGCCUAUAAUAAUUAGUAUUAUGUAAAUAGUUAUAAAUGUUUUAAUUAAGUUUAUCUUUUAUUCAUAUCUUUGCACCAAAUAAGGCUAUUAUAAAUACUAUUAAUGCUUAAAAUAUUAUAAGUUAUGAUAAAAUUAUAAAAGCACAUGAAUUGCAUAUUAAAUAUUGUUAAAUAAGUCGACGGGUACUGUGAAUAUUUAUUCCAUUUGUCCAAUUUUGUAGAAAUAGGGUAAGUAAUAUAGAUAGUUUUAUAAUUUUGGUGCGUUGCUAUUUAUAUUUUAAGUUCAACAAUUUAUUUAUCAACGAUCCUAAUGAAUUAUGUAUGUAUUUCAAUAUACUAGUAUAUAUAUGUCAAACGACAUGGUGGUUACAAGCGUACCUUUUGAUAUAAUAUUGACUAUUAAUAUUUUUAUUAAACAUACUUCCGUUAAAAUAAUAUUUAUAAAUGAAUAGUUAAUAAUAUAUUUAUAUGAUUCUGGAAAUAAUAUAAUUUUGUCAAAUUGUUUCAUUAAAAUAUACCGAAUA